GUUUUUUGAAUGACUUCGUCUCUUCAAGGGAACACUUAGCCGACAGCGGAGCCGUCACCUUCAUCGUACUUACGUUCAGCCUCUCUUCUGGCGGGAAGAACAAAAACACCGCAUUCUCUCUUCUCAUACUUACUUUAUGCUCCUAAAAACCAGCAACGCGAUGUCCCGGUUAACAGCAAAGAACGUCGUCGCAUCAGUCUCUGGCUGGCGGUAUUUGUUCCACUUUCUCCGGCCGCCUCUCCACCGCUACUGCUGCUCUGUUUCCUCCCCGCAAUUUCCCAUAUUCAUUGCUUCAACCGGCAAAAGCUUUAUGCAACGUCUGCAAUUACAAACAGACACUUAGAGAGUGUACCUGAAGAAAAGAACUAUGCUCACAUUAUGUGGUGGAAGGAGACAGUGGAGAGGUCGAGAAAGCCUUCUUCUAUUAAACUAGUUAAGAGGCUCACAUAUUCUAAUUUGUUGGGUGUAAAUUCAGACUUAAGGAACGGGAGCUUGAAAGAAGGAACACUUAAUUGGGAGAUGUUGCAGUUCAAGUCUAGAUUUCCUCGUGAGGUUUUGCUCUGCAGAGUAGGUGAGUUUUAUGAGGCCGUAGGUUUUGAUGCUUGUAUCCUUGUGGAAUAUGCUGGUUUAAAUCCAUGCGGUGGUCUUCGUUCAGACGGCAUACCGAAAGCUGGCUGUCCUGUUAUGAAUCUUAGACAGACUUUGGAUGACCUGACAAGUAAUGGAUUUUCAGUUUGCAUUGUUGAGGAAGUUCAAGGCCCAACUCAAGCUCGUUCUCGUAAAAGCCGCUUUAUAUCUGGGUAAUUAUUAAAUCGCAGUUUGUUGUUGUAAUCUUAAUCUUAAUCUAAAGGUUCGCAGCUAUUCUGGCUAUGAUUGGAAAAGAAUCAUCUGUUCCUUAUUUGCUGAACAUGAAAAAAAUGAGGUGGAAAUAUCACAUUUUUUCUGCUUGUGGAACCAUCUAUACCCUAAUACUUUCUAAUUUUAGUGCAGUAAUGCAAUGAUGUAGUUUAUUUCUGAUUUAUCAUUUAUGUUUAAUUUUGCAUGUAGAGAAUACAUUUCAUAGCCUCAUACUCUUUUAACUGUUCAUUCAGGAUGAUUUUUUUUCUUUUGAUGAAACUGGUAUUUGGAUUAAAUGUUCUUAGAAAUAUGAAGGAACAUGGAUCCAUCAGCAUAUUUGAUAAUAUGUUUUUUGUCUUUGUGGUCAUGGUGAGUUGGAUUUAUUUUCUAUGCUGCAUAAGUUAUACUCAUAUAGUUUAUUAGUUUCCAAAAAAAAAAGUUUCCAAUCUCUUUGAUAUUACUCUCUCACAGACAUUCUAUAUGCCCCUUUUUUUUUAUGCCGGGUGUUUUAUGGUUCUGGACUACAAUUGUUAGACCAUGCAAGAACAAGGGAGGGGAGGGGAGGAUAAGUGUAUAACAUCACAAGAGAGGCACACCAUAUUUCGAAGCCUUGUUAGAAAACCAGGUUGGCAAAGGUUUUGGGAGCUGAUUUUAGUUUUCAGUUGAGCAAAUGGCAUUUCUGCUGUGGAAAAAUAAAAGAGAGCUAGUUGGAUGUCUGGUGGUUCCUUUGUCUUGAAAUAGGGGGAAAGCAUGUUAUUUCUUGAGCAUUUCUACGCUACAGAUAUUCCUGGAAUUUAGAUUCAAUGAGAGAAGCUGUCUCAUUGAAUGUGCAACCAUAUCAACGUGGCUGUGAAUCAGGUCUAGGAUAGCUUAGGAUGGAUAUGGCAGCUGAAGGUGCACUGACAGCCCCUAGUAAUGAAUACAGCAUUAAAAUACCUUAAAUCCUUAACUACUUCAACACACCCUCUUCAAACUAGUGCAUGCAUGCACAUCCUGGCAAUCCUUACGUAUUUGGACUUGUUGGAGAUGAUCACGAUCUUGAUUUUCCAGAGCCAAUGCCAGUAGUUGGAAUAUCUCAUUCAGCUAAGGGGUAUUGCAUCACAUCUGUUUUGGAAACUACGAAGACUUACUCCACUGAGGAUGGGCUUACUGAGGAAGCCUUGGUUACUAAGCUUCGGACUACUUUGUGCCAUCAUUUAUUUUUGCAUACUUCAUUGAAAAACAAUUCAUCAGGAACUUCUCGCUGGGGGGAGUUUGGUAAUGGUGGUCUGUUGUGGGGAGAAUGUAAUGCAAGAAACUAUGAGUGGUUGGAUGGUGAUCUAACCAAUGAGCUCUUGUCUAAGGUGAAGGAAAUUUAUGGUCUUGAUCUUAACGUCACAUUUAGAAAUGCUACUGUUGCAUCAGAAAACAGACCCCGUCCUUUGCACCUAGGAACUGCUACCCAGAUUGGUGCUAUUCCGACUGAAGGAAUUCCUUCUUUGCUAAAGGUGUUGCUUCCUGCACAUUGCACAGGUCUACCUGUCCUGUAUAUAAGAAAUCUGCUCUUGAAUCCACCUGCAUAUGAGAUUGCAUCCAAUAUACAACAAGCAUGCCGACUUAUGAUGAGCGUAACCUGUUCACUUCCUGAAUUUACUUGUGUCUCAUCCUCAAAGCUUGCCAAGUUGCUCGAGUUGAGGGAAGCAAAUCAUGUAGAGUUUUGCAGAAUAAAGACUAUGAUGGAUGAAAUACUGCAGAUGAAUAAAAAUAAUGAACUUGCUCAAAUUCUACAUUUAUUGAUAGAUCCUACUUGGGAGGCUACUGGUUUAAAAGUUGACUUUGAUUUGCUGGUAAAUGAAUGUAAGAAUGUGUCUAGUACAAUUGGUGAACUUAUUUUUCUAGACGGAGAAAGUGAUCAGAAAACAAGUUCCUCUUCUAUUAUCCCUAAAGAUUUUUUUGAAGACGCAGAGUCUUUAUGGAAAGGCCGUGUCAAGAGGGUUCAUUUGGAGGAAGCAUAUGCAGAAGUUGAGAGGGCAGCAGAUGCCCUAUCAUUAGUUGUUACAGAAGAUUUCCUGCCCAUUAUUUCGAGAGUAAAGGCCAUGAAUGCUCCACUUGGAGGGCCUAAGGGGGAGAUUUUGUACGCUCGAGAUCAUCAGGCAGUAUGGUUCAAAGGGAAGCGUUUUAUUCCUUCUGUUUGGGCUGGGACCCCUGGAGAAGAUCAAAUUAAACGACUGAAACCUGCUGUGGACUCAAAGGGAAAGAAGGUUGGGGAUGAAUGGUUUACCACAAUGAAUGUGGAGAAAGCAUUAGCAAGGUAUCAUGAGGCUAAUGCUAAGGCCAAGCUGGAGGUGCUGGAAUUGCUUAGAGGGCUUUCUUCUGCAUUACAAACUAAGAUCAAUAUCAUUGUCUUUGCAUCCAUGCUUGUUAUAAUUGCGAAGGCCUUGUUUGCUCACGUGAGUGAAGGGAGGAGGAGAAAAUGGAUUUUCCCAAGCCUCAUGCAACUUCAUGGGUCCAAGGACUGGAAGCCACAUGGUGGGGUUAUUAUGAUGAAGAUAUCUGGUCUAUCUCCUUAUUGGUUUGAUGUAGUGCGAGGCAGCGCUGUACAAAAUUCAGUUGAUAUGCAAUCACUUUUUCUGCUAACCGGGCCAAAUGGAGGUGGAAAAUCAAGCUUGCUACGAUCAAUAUGUGCUGCUGCAUUGCUUGGGAUAUGUGGAUUCAUGAUUCCGGCUGAAUCAGCUGUCAUUCCUCAUUUUGAUUCCAUUAUGUUACACAUGAAAUCUUAUGAUAGCCCUGCUGAUGGAAAAAGCUCAUUCCAGAUUGAAAUGUCUGAAGUACGUUCCCUAAUUAAUGGAUGCACUUCAAGAAGCCUAGUACUUAUUGAUGAAAUAUGCAGAGGAACAGAAACAGCAAAAGGAACAUGUAUUGCUGGCAGUAUUAUAGAAACUCUGGAUGAGAUAGGCUGUUUGGGGAUUGUAUCAACCCACCUGCAUGGAAUCUUUGAUUUGCAUUUGAAUACCAAAAAGACAGUGUGCAAAGCAAUGGGAACAGAUUAUAUUGAUGGUCAACCUGUACCGAAUUGGAAACUUGUGGAUGGAAUCUGUAGAGAAAGCCUUGCAUUUGAAACCGCUCAGCGAGAAGGAAUCCCUGAAAAGAUAAUUUGUAGGGCUGAACAGCUUUACCAAUCAUAUUAUUUUAUGCAAAGUUCAUCCUCAACGAAUAGAACCUCAGAACCAAAUCGUUUUACUGUUCAACCCAGUACAAGUAGCAGUGAUGAAGUGGCUGACAAAUUCAAUGGUUCAAAAGAAGAGUUCAUGUCUUCCACAAGAAAAUCAAACAUAAAGAAAAUCAUUUGGAAGGAACUAGAAGAUACUAUUACCACGAUUUGUCAGGAGAAGUUAAUGGAACUCCACAAGAUGAAACACCCGUCUGAACUUGCUGUUAAGUAUUUUAUGAUCCCUGUGAGAGAACAGCCCCCUCCAUCGACCAUUGGUACUUCAACUGUUUAUGUGAUGCUUAGACCAGAUAACAAACUUUAUGUUGGACAGAGUGACGAUCUUGGGGGCCGAAUCCGUGCUCAUCGCUCAAAUGAGGUAAUGGAGAAGGCGAGUUUCCUCUAUUUUUUUGUCCCUGGAAAAAGUGUGGCUUGUGAACUGGAAACUCUUCUGAUAAACCAACUACCCAAACAUGGUUUUCAGCUGACUAAUGUUGCUGAUGGCAGACACAGAAAUUUCGGAACGUCUCAUCACUCCUUGGAAGCAGUGCCAAUGUAUAGAUUAACUAAUUCACCCCAUUGAUGUUAGGGUCUAGCUUUUGUAUAAUAGAAGUGUUUUAUUUGCACAAUUUUUGCUCAUGAUAUUGGGGGGCCUUGUAAGUUUCAACAUUGGUCAGAGUGGAUGCAGCAGUUUUGUUCAAAUAUUAGUUGGUUGCUCCACUCAUUAUUCCAUCCUGUAUCUUUGUUACCCAUUUAAUUGAGAAAGCGUUCUGCUGCUAUAUUAUAUUCAUUUUGAGGUAUGUACAUAAAUAUCAUAUCUACUG